AUGGCUUCCAUGGUCGCCUCUGCCGGCCUGACUGCAGCGGGACUGCUGUUCCUCGCCCUUACCCUCGUCGCCGUGGUUCAGACGAUGAAGGCAACGUAUGGGGACGGCACGGUGAGCAGGAUGAUGUACCGUAGGUCGCUGGUGACCUCUUCUGGGCCGACAGGAGGGGCAGCAGGAGGCGGAAGUGUCGGAUCAACAUCAGGGGCCAAAGGAAGCGCGGAGUGUUUGGCGUUGGGCUGUGGCCCUGACAGGCACUGCGAGGCGGACCAAAAUGGAGAGCUUGUCUGCCAGUGGGACUCGCCAUGCGGCACCUGCCCCACUGGAGCCACCUGCGAGACCACGCCGACCAACGAUGACAGUUCAGUGCUGGCGCCUUACUGCCUGUGCCCUGAAGGCUACGGAAUGACUGACACUGAGUGUGUUGAGGGUGUCGAUUCCACAGUCUCUUCUAUCAGCUUCACGCUCAUCGCGAAUCGAACCGCCACGGACAAUGCAUCCAAGCCCUACACCCUGCGCUGGAACCUGGAUGGGUGCACGCAGUACCCAGAAGAAGUGGCUGGGAAGUUCACGACAAUUUAUACCGUGUGGAAUACCACCAACACUCCGGCGUGCCAGGAUGCCACUCUGUACAGCACGGACAACUGUGAAGGCACAACUAUUCCUACCACUUACUUGGAUUUUUCGCCUAAACCUUUUUCUGCACUGGCUCUGCUGGACAUGAACACGCCUGGACCAAUCCGUUCUGUGAUGUGCUUUCCGCCUGACGUCUAA